GUAAAUAUUUUUGGUUUUUCAAUAUCUAAAUCUAUCUGUCUUCUUCUUCUUCUCUCUUACGCCUCCACAUUACUGUCUUCUCUCUCUCUAAAAACCAAACCCAUCUGUCCGGUCUACCAUUAUUAUUCUCUACCUUCUCCAUUACCAUUGAGACCAGCCAGGAUACAGAGGGACUUCUGCCUCUGGUUUAGUGAUUUCAAAGCAACCCCAAGCCAAGCAAAUAAUUCUGAUUUUUGUUUGUUCUUCAACAGUAUAUCUGGUUCUGAGGGUUACAGAUGCAAGAGCGGAGUCUGUUGAGCAUAAGCUGAGUGACCCAGUUGAGAUAGGCUCAUUUGUUGAACUGGGUUUGUGUUUGAUUUUGUUUUUGGGAGGUGAAUCAGCCACCCAGCUGCAGCUAUGAACACUGGAGGCCGACUCGUUGCUGGCUCUCAUAAUAGAAAUGAGUUUGUCCUCAUUAAUGCCGACGAGAGUGCUAGAAUAAAGUCUGUGCAAGAAUUGAGCGGGCAAGUUUGUCAGAUCUGUGGAGAUGAGAUUGAGCUUACAGUGGAUGGAGAGCCAUUUGUUGCCUGCAACGAAUGUGCUUUCCCUGUUUGCAGGCAUUGCUAUGAGUACGAGAGAAAAGAGGGAAAUCAAGCCUGUCCUCAGUGCAAAACCAGAUUCAAGCGCAUCAAAGGUAGUCCUAGGGUUGAAGGUGAUGAGGAAGAAGACGAUAUUGAUGAUUUGGAGCAUGAGUUUGAUUAUGGGAACCUUGAUGGUUUGGGCCCGGAACAAGUUGCUGAAGCAAUGCUCUCUGCACGCCUUAAUACUGGUCGUGCUUCUCACUCCAACUUAUCUGGGAUUCCAACUCAAUCCGAACUUGAUUCUUCUCCCCUUAGCUCUAAAAUUCCUCUCUUGACCUACGGCGAGGAGGAUACUGAAAUUUCUUCUGAUCGACAUGCUCUUAUUAUACCGCCAUUCAUGGGUCACGGAAAUAGAGUUCACCCAAUGCCAUAUUCUGAUCCAUCUGUACCCUUGCAACCAAGACCUAUGGUUCCUAAGAAAGACAUAGCUGUAUAUGGAUAUGGAAGUGUGGCCUGGAAGGACAGAAUGGAGGAGUGGAAGAAAAGGCAGAGUGACAAACUCCAGGUGGUCAAGCAUGAGGGAGGAAAUGACGGUGACAGCUUUGAUGGGGAUGGUUUGGAUGACCCUGAUUUGCCUAUGAUGGAUGAGGGUAGGCAGCCACUCUCAAGGAAGUUACCCAUAUCAUCGAGCAAGAUAAGUCCAUACAGAUUGAUAAUCGUCCUCCGUCUUGUUAUUCUUGGCUUGUUCUUUCACUAUAGAAUUCGCCACCCAGUCAAUGAUGCCUACGGUCUGUGGUUGACUUCAGUAAUAUGCGAAAUAUGGUUUGCAGUAUCUUGGAUUCUUGAUCAGUUUCCAAAAUGGUACCCUAUAACAAGAGAAACAUACCUUGAUCGGUUGUCACUGAGGUAUGAGAAAGAAGGAAAACCAUCUGGGUUGGCUAGUGUUGAUGUUUUUGUGAGUACAGUUGAUCCAAUGAAAGAACCCCCGCUGAUCACUGCUAACACUGUUCUUUCAAUUCUUGCGGCUGAUUAUCCGGUGGAAAAGGUCGCAUGCUAUGUUUCUGAUGAUGGUGCUGCAAUGCUUACAUUUGAAGCACUAUCAGAGACAUCAGAAUUUGCUAGGAAAUGGGUUCCUUUCUGUAAAAAAUUUAACAUUGAGCCCCGGGCCCCUGAAUGGUAUUUUUGUCAGAAGAUGGACUAUUUAAAAAAUAAAGUCCACCCAGCAUUUGUCAGAGAAAGGCGUGCUAUGAAGAGAGAAUAUGAAGAAUUCAAAAUUCGGAUAAAUGGAUUAGUGUCCACUGCACAGAAAGUUCCAGAAGAUGGUUGGACAAUGCAGGAUGGAACUCCAUGGCCUGGAAACAAUGUCCGAGAUCACCCUGGCAUGAUUCAGGUCUUCCUUGGUCAUACCGGUGUUCGUGACAUAGAAGGAAAUGAGUUGCCCCGUUUGGUUUAUGUUUCUCGUGAGAAGAGACCAGGUUUUGAACACCAUAAAAAGGCUGGAGCCAUGAAUGCUCUGAUUCGGGUCUCUGCUGUUCUAUCUAAUGCUCCAUACAUUUUGAAUGUUGACUGUGAUCACUAUAUUAAUAAUUGCAAGGCUUUAAGAGAGGCAAUGUGUUUCAUGAUGGAUCCAACAUCGGGGAAGAAAGUUUGCUAUGUGCAGUUUCCUCAAAGAUUUGACGGUAUUGAUCGUCAUGAUCGAUACUCAAAUCGAAAUGUUGUAUUCUUCGAUAUCAACAUGAAAGGAUUGGAUGGUUUGCAAGGGCCAAUUUAUGUUGGAACUGGUUGUGUUUUUCGAAGGCAAGCACUUUAUGGUUUUGAUGCACCUGCUAAGAAGAAGGCUCCUGGCAAGACCUGCAACUGUUGGCCAAAAUGGUGCUGUCUGUGGUGUGGAUCAAGAAAGAACAAGAAAUCAAAAACCAAGAAGGAGAAGAAGAAGUCAAAGAACAGGGAGGCUUCAAAGCAGAUACAUGCUCUUGAAAAUAUUGAGGAAGGAAUUGAAGAAUUAACUGAAAAAUCUUCAGAAAAUGCUCAACUGAAAUUGGAAAAGAAGUUUGGACAGUCUCCUGUGUUUGUGGCUUCCACCCUAUUGCAGAAUGGUGGGGUUUCUAAUAAUGCCAGUCCUGCAUCACUGUUGAGAGAAGCCAUCCAAGUAAUCAGCUGUGGGUAUGAAGAUAAAACAGAGUGGGGAAAAGAGGUUGGUUGGAUAUAUGGCUCAGUGACUGAGGAUAUUCUGACAGGAUUCAAGAUGCACUGUCAUGGAUGGAGGUCUGUGUACUGCAUACCUAAGCGGCCUGCAUUCAAGGGAUCAGCUCCUAUUAACCUGUCUGAUCGUCUACAUCAGGUGCUCCGAUGGGCUCUUGGGUCUGUUGAAAUUUUCUUCAGUAGACAUUGCCCUAUUUGGUAUGGCUACGGUGGUGGAUUGAAAUUGCUUGAACGAUUUUCCUACGUAAACUCAGUUGUAUACCCUUGGACAUCGCUGCCCUUGAUUGUAUACUGUACCCUGCCAGCAAUCUGCCUGCUCACUGGAAAGUUCAUUGUCCCUGAGAUUAGUAACUAUGCCAGCAUUAUAUUCAUGGCACUCUUCAUAUCUAUUGCUGCUACUGGUAUCCUCGAGAUGCAGUGGGGCGGCGUAGCGAUAGAUGACUGGUGGAGAAAUGAGCAGUUUUGGGUGAUUGGAGGUGCUUCGUCGCAUCUUUUUGCUCUCGUCCAAGGUUUGCUCAAGGUAUUGGCUGGUGUCAGCACAAACUUCACUGUCACUUCAAAAGCAGCUGAUGAUGGAGACUUUUCAGAGCUUUACAUAUUCAAGUGGACAUCAUUGUUAAUACCACCCACAACUCUGUUGAUCAUGAACAUUAUUGGAGUUGUGGUUGGAGUCUCCGAUGCUAUCAACAACGGAUAUGAUUCUUGGGGUCCUUUGUUCGGUAGGCUAUUUUUCGCCUUCUGGGUCAUCGUCCACCUCUAUCCAUUCCUCAAGGGGCUUCUUGGGAAGCAAGAUCGCAUGCCCACCAUUAUUCUGGUAUGGUCAAUUCUACUGGCUUCCAUCUUAACUCUUAUAUGGGUUCGAAUAAACCCAUUCGUAUCGAGAGAUGGCCCUGUGUUGGAAAUAUGUGGGCUAAACUGUGACUAAGAUACAUACCUAAAUAAAAGCCUAUAAGUAGGCUUUCGGUGGAAAAAUGUACGAAAAUGGUGUUGUGGAGUUGCAGUCGGGAAGUCGUAAAACCGACGGUGGCACGCGCACGCAUUGUGCAAAUGUUAUGAGAUAAUGUCAUUGGCAAGAUAAAAUUUUUGAGAAGAAAGCUGUAGCUUGGUGGUGUAGAUACUGUGGGUUGGGAAGGACACAUUUAAUGGUCAUUGUUAUUAUUAUAAUUUUCCGUUGCGGUUUUACAGGGUUUUGUUUUAUAUUAAUUCUUUUAUUAAAUUGCUGGGGGGUUGUAGGGUUUUUUUUGUUUCUUGAUGUGAGGUUUAUGUAUUUGUAAGAGAGCAUUGAAUCAUCAUAAAUUAUUCCCCUGUUAAUGUGGGGGAUUCAUAUAAGUGUCUUAAACUACUUCACGUCCAUUUGUUCUUUGUUAUUUUUCCAAUCUGAACUUUGGACAUCUUUAUGAUAUGUACCUUUAUUUGAGUUGGAGUUGCAA